UGUCCGUGGUCUGUAUCUCAGUUUCUCACCACUCCACAUAAUCCAAAAAGACGGAAGAAACAAAAAAAACGAACCAGGACUGAACUGAAAUGGGAGUCCAUGGUUUGUGGGACCUUCUCGCUCCCGUCGGCCGCCGCGUAUCCGUCGAAACACUCUCCGGAAAAAAGCUCGCAAUCGAUGCGAGUAUAUGGAUUGUCCAGUUCAUGAAAGCGAUGAGGGACGAGAAGGGUGAGAUGGUACGGAGCGCACAUUUGCUAGGGUUCUUUCGACGAAUUUGCAAGCUCUUGUAUUUGAGGACUAAGCCUGUGUUCGUCUUCGACGGUGCCACACCUGCUCUAAAGCGGCGCACCGUGAUUGCCAGACGGAGGCAGCGUGAGAAUGCCCAGGCUAAGAUUCGCAAAACCGCCGAGAAAUUGCUCCUUAAUCAUCUCAAGACGAUGAGGCUAAAAGAAUUGGCAAAGGAUCUUGAGAAUCAGAGAAAAAAGCAGAAGAAUGAUUCUAAAGGUAAGAAGUUGUUGUCUGAUCAAAAACAAGAGGAGGAGAGCAAUCUACAGAAUACUGAUGUAGAGAGUUAUGAUCAAGAAAAGUUGGAUGAAAUGUUGGCUGCAUCUAUUGUGGCUGAGGAAGAUGGGCAUCUAAAUAACAAUGCAUCAACUUCUGAUGCUGCAGCUCCUGCCAUGGAGGCAGAGGAUAGUGAUGAAAAUGAAGAGAUCAUAUUGCCAGCAAUGGAUGGGAAUGUUGAUUCAGCUGUCUUGUCUGCUUUGCCUCCUUCAAUGCAACUUAGCCUUUUGAUGAGACAAAGUUCAAUGGUGGAAAACAGAAAAGAUAAUAAAGAUGUCAAGGAUAUUGUAGACCAGAAAGAUCAGAAGAGAAAUUUGAUAGAUCUAACAGAUACAGAAGGGAGUAAUUUAGAGGGGAGUAGUGUGGUAGCAGAGAAUUACAACCAGGAAAAGUUAGAUGAAAUGUUGGCAGCAUCUAUUGCGAUUGAGGAAGAUGAGAGUUUAACCAAGAGUGCCUCACUGUCUGCUGCUGCAAUUCCUUUUGAGGAGGGAAGUGGAGAUGAGGAGGAAGAAAUGAUACUGCCGGCAAUGUGUGGAAAAGUUGAUCCUGCUGUAUUAGCAGCUUUGCCACCAUCAAUGCAGCUCGAUCUUCUUGUUCAGAUGAGGGAGAGGUUGAUGGCUGAAAAUAGACAAAGAUACCAAAAAGUCAAGAAGGCACCUGAAAAAUUUUCUGAGCUGCAAAUUGAGGCCUACCUUAAAACUGUUGCUUUCCGCCGGGAAAUAGAUCAAGUGCAGAAAGCUGCUGCUGGGCAAGAUGUAGGUGGAGUUCAGACUUCACGGAUAGCUUCUGAAGCCAACAGAGAAUUUAUCUUCUCAUCAUCCUUUACAGGGGACAAGCAAUUGUUUACAUCUGCUGGAAUGCAGAGAAAUGGAAAUAAGAAACAACAGACACCAACAGGGCAAUGUCCUUCAGAUUCUGUGGAUCAUGUUGCUUCCAAUACUGCUAUAGGAAUGCUGCAGGAUGAAUCUACAAGGGUAUUUGAUGAAGAUAUUGGGACAUAUCUAGAUGAAAGGGGUAAUGUUCGAGUUAGUAGAGUGAGGGCUAUGGGGAUGUGCAUGACCCGUGAUUUGCAAAGGAACUUGGAUUUAAUGAAAGAAAUUGAACAAGAGAGAAUACAUGCAAUGAAGAGUGCAGCUUCUCACUCUGAGCUCGAUAAACAGAAUGUUGGUUCUUCAAAAAGAAUCCCCAGUAAGAAACGGCACGUAAAAGUUUCACUCAACAACUGUGGUGACACUGUUAAUUUAAUUGAUAGAGAUGGGCUGUCCAUCUUAGAUAAUGAGAAAUCUAUACAUAUAUCUUUUGAUGUUGAUUUUAAUGAUGAAAGUAAGUGUGUGGACAGUGAUGACAACAUAUUUACUUCUUUAGUAGCAGGACAACCUAUUAAGAUUGCUUCUGCUGGCAGUGGUCCAUCCAGAAGUCAGUCUGCUUAUUCUGCUUCAGAUAGUGAUCGGGGGGAAGGAGUUAUUGAAGGAAGAGGUAAUAGUUCUAAUGGUAUUACAUUAGAAACUAAUCCUCCUCCUAAGGAAAGCAACACUAGUGAUGAUAGUGAAGUGGAUUGGGAAGAGGGAGUUUGCAAUGUUCAUGAUUCCUCACUCCCAUCUGAAUCAGGAAAACCAGCUUCCAAAGGUUAUUUGGAGGAGGAGGCAGAUUUGCAAGAAGCAAUAAGGAGAAGUCUUGAGGAUUUGGGGUGUGAAAAAUUAAAUCAAGAACCAACUUUGCUUGAAAAUUUAGUAUGCUCGAAAGAAAAUGCUUACAAAGGUAUCGUAUUCCUUGAUCAAGAAGAUAAUACUGGUGGGCGAAAUCUUGUUGACGAGAAUGCUGCCCAACAACAUAAACCUUUUCCUGAAAUUGUGGCAGUUAGGAAGCUUGACAGCAUGGGUCAAAUUCAUGUCUCUCAGGUCUGUUCUUCUUCAGACAGGCAGUUGAAGGAUGAAACUUGUGUUCCUAAUAACAUGUCCUUCCUACCAAAUAAAUCAUGUACAAGAAAUCUGGGUUCAGAUGCUGGACAAUCAAAUGAAGCUACAAGUGUAGGGGGCUGUCUGUUUGGAGAAAUGCCAUCUGUAGAACCAGCUGCACCUUUGGAAGUAAGGGAUGUCCAUGUGAUGGUGAAUCAAUUUUCACAUACUUUUGUUCAGGAGAUUGGAUUAUCUACAAGUGAAAUGCAUUCAGGUGAUGCUUCUCGUGUUUCUGGAGCAUUAUUUGGUGGCGUAUCUUCUCCUAUACCAAUUGAUGAUGAACUAAACAAAAUGAAAGCAGAACCAUCCAUGUUGGUCAAUGAGGAGAAAAAAACUGAACCAUCUUAUCAACCUAUUGAAAUAUCCAACCCAUCCAUGUAUGUUACUGAGUUAUCGAAAGCUUCAACAACUGGCACUGAUGUUGAACCAAAUUUGGAUGGAAAAAGAAAUUCUGAUCAUGAAGUAGAUGAAAAAGAGCACUACAUGAAUAAAUUUGGAAGAAAUGAGAAUCUACAGGCUGGCAUCUCGGAGGCCAGUUUGCAGGAAGAAAUAUUGAAUCUUGGUAAAGAAUUUACAAAUCUAGGAGAUGAACAGAAAAAGCAGGAACGCAAUGCAGAAUCAGUUAGCAGUGAGAUGUUUGGAGAAUGUCAGGAGCUGCUGCAGAUGUUUGGCUUACCAUAUAUUAUAGCACCUAUGGAAGCAGAAGCUCAAUGUGCUUACAUGGAACAAGCAAAUCUUGUCGAUGGUGUUGUUACUGACGAUUCCGACGUGUUCUUGUUUGGGGCACGAAAUGUGUACAAGAAUAUAUUUGACGACCGCAAAUAUGUUGAAACAUACUUCAUGAAGGCUCAUGCAUUUUUGUCUCAGGAUAUUGAAAAGGAGCUAGGCCUAACCAGAGAAAAACUAAUUCGCAUGGCUCUACUUCUUGGAAGUGAUUAUACUGAGGGUAUUAGUGGGAUUGGCAUUGUUAAUGCUAUUGAAGUUGUGAAUGCAUUUCCUGAAGAGGAUGGCCUUAAGAAAUUCCGAGAGUGGAUCGAGUCCCCAGAUCCAAGCAUUCUGGGGAAGUUAGGUGCACAAAAUGAUUCAAGUGUGAGAAAACGAGGGUCAAAAGUUGGUGGCAAUGAUUCGAAUUGUGCAAAUAGCAAUAUUGAAGGGAUUAAUUCAUUUAACCAGAACAUUAAUCAAUGUCAUGAGGGUGAACAAUCUGCAGAUCACAUUCAAGAGAUAAAGCAGAUUUUCAUGGAUAAGCAUAGAAAUGUGAGCAAGAACUGGCAUAUUCCUUCAUCUUUUCCAAGUGAAGUAGUCAUUUCUGCAUAUUCUUGUCCACAAGUGGACAAAUCAACUGAGCUUUUCACUUGGGGAAAGCCAGAUCAUCAAGUUCUUGGCAGAUUAUGCUGGGAAAAAUUUGGUUGGGGUAUUCAGAAGUCAGAUGAGUUGCUAUUGCCUGUUCUGAAAGAGUACAAUAAACAUGAGACUCAACUACGGUUGGAAGCCUUUUACACUUUCAAUGAAAGAUUUGCAAAAAUACGCAGUAAGAGAAUCAAGAAAGCUGUCAAAGGGAUCACAGGAAAUCAGUCCUCAGAAUUGAUGGAUGAUGCUGGGAAUUAUAAAAGCAAAAAGAAUAGAAUGAUAAGGCCUGGUGAAUCUGGUGAUGCGAAACCAGAGAGACCUUCCAAGAGAGCAAAGGGAGGCAGCAAUAAGAUGAAAUCUUUGGAAAAAUCUGCUGGAGCACCUGUUUCAUCUGAAGUGGAGAACCCAGGACAUCAGUGGCAGGAAGAAAGCGGGCAAAGCACCCAUAAAGGAUCACGUGGGGAUGGAAAAAAAAGAGGGAGAGGCUGUGGAAGAGGAAAAGGCAGGGGAAGAGGAACUCUUGGAUUUGAACAGUCUGACUCCAGCCCUGGUGAUGUCAGUGAUGGUGAUGAUGAGUUGGAAGUUCAUGUAGAGAAGUCAGAGAGAGUGCAAGAAGUACGAAGGUCCUUGCGCUCAAGGAAGCCAGUAAAUUACACUCUGGAUGACUUGGAAAUCGAUGACGUGGACCAGUCAUUAGGCGAGGGUGAUACAAGGCCUAAUGAGGGAGCACUAGAAGCAGGUGUAUCUGGAGUUCAAGGGGCAAGUGAAAAUGCUGAACAAAUGACUUCUCAGAGUCUAGAUCCUUUGCCCGAUGACUUCUUUGAUGACCAUCUUGAACAGGAAGUGGGAUUUUUAGCUGAUGAAGCUGGAAGUGGUCACGCUGGUGUGACAAAAAAUACUUAUCCCUCUGAAGCUGGUGUCUCUGACGAUUACCUUAUGAGGGGAGGUGGGUUUUGUGUGGAUGAAAGUGAGACAGCUACCCACCAAGACACGUGUCAUAGCCCCUCCAUGGCUGCUGAAUGUGGAACUGUUGAUUCAUCUCACUUCACUGGUCUUAUGGAAGAAACUGACCGUGGCAAGGUUUCAGUUCAAUCAGUUUCUAGGGUCCAAAGAAGUUCAAAUGAUAUCCAAGAUGGGGGAAAGACAAAUGCUUUUGAUUCUGAGUCGAGUGUGGGUUGUGUAAAUGCAACAGACACUAGCGGUCAUUUCGAAGUCAGUUUGCCAGAAAGCUCAAAAAAAGAUGCUGGGGAAUCGAGUGUAAGAAGUCUCAGUGCAAUGCCAUUCUUGAGAAGAAAACGGAAGAAGAAUUGAAAACUGUCCAGAAUUUAGAAUGAAGUUUCCCUCUGUAAUGGUGUAAAUGUUCUUAAUUUCUUAUUUAUCUCGUUUUUGUCAGUCUCCUCGCUUCUUUUUGAUUGAGAUUGUUAGUUGUGAAUUUGAUAUUUGUAAAUGCGAACCAAAUAGGUCUGAUCUUAUGAAACCAUUUCCAAGUAGCUGUUGUGGACGUCUUCAUUAUGUGCAGUAGUACGACUGGUUUUCUCACAGCCUCA